AUGACUGGAGGAUUAGUUUCUCCAUGGAUUAUGGGUACUUUUCUUCCUUCCUCAUCCAAAUUCUCUACAUCGUCGCCUUCUCCGGCUAUUUGUGUGUGUCGAUCUCACUUCAGAGCACCAAAAGACCUUAAAUUUGUUCUCCAUGAGGCGCCCGAUUCUGCUGGAUUCAACACUACCUAUGCUAAAAAGUUGCCUGGAAUAGAGAGGGAAACAAGCAUAAUCAUCAAUAGAGGAGUAGACUUGCGGAAAACAGCUCUUUACAUAGCAGCAGAAGAUGAUUCACUCAUCUCUCACUCUUCUGUACCACUUCUUGUGGAUGCUUUUAUUGACAGAUUAGAUGAUCUUUCUAUGGAUUACUGCUCACGCUACAGUUCAUCAUUUAGAUCAUCUCCUGAUAAUUUCCUUGAGUGCCUAGAGAGAUACAUGUAUGUUGACAAGGGCUUUCAGAGGAGCAACUCGAGGAAUCAGUUGGAGCAACGAGCAGUUUAUCUUAAUUCAGUAAAAAGACUUGUUUGA